AUGCCCUCAACAGUGAAAGCAAUCGAUGCUGGGCCAUCACCAUCAUCGACGGUGGCCGCAGCAGCAAGGAUGGCAUUGUCAAAGGCAUAUCACUACAAUAAUACGAUAUUGUUGCCCUCACUCGAAGAAAGGCUACACAGUCCAACAGCAACAACAACAACUACAGCGGUGGAUGGAGAACAACCAUUCACGGCAUCAUCAGCAUCGUCAUCCUCAGCCAUUACCACCACCUCAACAUCAUCUUUAUUGGGUUCUGAAAUCAAUAGCUCUACUGGUUUAACCUCUAUAUCCCAUGUAGCUUCCGUAGUAGUUUCGAAUUUCCUGCCUUUAACAUCAGCAUCCUUAUCACCCGGUGGUGGUGGUAGCAGUGAUGACACAAGGUCUGCCGUUGACACCAAAUACUCUGCCACCUCCUACACAGCAUCAUCAUCAUCGUCAGCGACAGAACUAACCUCCGCCAGUGAUAGCAUAUUGUCGUCCGCCUCUGCCUCCUCCGCAUCAUCGAUUCUAGCUGCAUCCUCCGAAUUUUAUCCAUCAUAUAGUCCGCCUGUCGUUGAGAGUCUAGUGGCCAGCUCAGCAGAGGAUUUUAGCAAUAAUUUUCGGGAUCUAUCAUUCGAUAUUUUCGAUGACAAUGACAACGAUUUGUUCGGCUCGCCAAUGCCAUUCGAUGCCAGUGAAAAUGGUCUGUGGAAUGGUCGGUUCGUGCCACCGCCGCCACGGCCACCGUUCUUUGUUGACGAACCCGUAUUGAGUGAUGGCUUGACAACAUGUGAUUUGUGCUCCUGGGCAAUGCCAACAAAAAGUACAUUUAUAUUUGAAGGCACCAUGGAAAAAGCAUCCGAGUUAGGCUGGCCCCUAACUUUAACAAUUGUUUCAAUAUUAUCAGCCAUUUUAGGAGCCAUUAUAAUGAUUGCUGUUGUAAAAUGUAGAAGAAAAAAGACCUCCCAUCAGCGCAGCGGUAAGUGUCAACAUCAUUCCCCCAAACAACAAUUGCCACUUCCCUCUGUCGAUCACCAUCAUCAUAAUAACGAACACAACCACCACCACCACCAAAACCACCAUCACAAUCUUUUCUAUCCCCCUCCAAAUAUGACAUCGACAUCACAUCAAUAUCUCUUACAACCAUCUGCUACCAUACAGAAUUUCAAGCAAUUACCUGUAAGCAGCCAACAUCAUCAACAACAACAACAGCACCACAACAACCGUCGUCCCACCCUGGGCAUGACGAUGAUGGGGAUGCAACAUUCGUCGACGACAAUGUCGACCAUAACGACAUCGUCCUCAUCACAUCAUCCCCAUCAUCCGCGCACCAUCAGUUCGUCGUCCUCGUCGAAUGACAACAGUAGCAGUGGUGGAACGACCCAAACAAGUUUGACCACACUGUAUCAGGUGCGAUCGCAUAAUGAAUUCAAAUCGCUGACAAAUAUGGAACGGGAAAAUUCCAUGUUGAAGAGGCCACUGCCGCCCAGGCCCGAUGAGUGUCUCGAGGAUGUGGAUCACUAUGAAGGCGAGGCGGACGAUGAGGAUGAGCACAAUGACGAUGAGAGUCUAAUGCCCGAGCAUUAUGUCUAUGAAGAGCCAACCAUGCAGGAAUCGAUAACGGCUGUUGUGGUGGUGGCUGCUUCGGGCAAUGGCAUGGAACGACCUUAG